UGAGGUUAUGUUCGUGAUUGUAAACAUUUGUUGUUAAAUAUAGGAAUACACUACUUACUAGUAUUCCUUUACAAUAUUUCAGGUGUAUCGAUACUCUAUAAACCAAAAUAGUGAACUUUUAUGACAUGACAAGCAAUAUCUAAGUAUUGUAGAGAAAAAUUUUCCCUAAAACUCUGACAAGAUGAAGCUGUAUUGCUUGAGUAAUGACCCAAAUAAACCGUGUCACAUUCUCACAUUUCGAGAGAUAACAAUGAUGUUAGAUUGCGGUUUAUCUAUGCAGUCGUUGCUGAACUUCCUGCCCUUAUCCUUCGUUCCAUCAAAUAAGCUCUCAAAUUUGCCAAACUGGAUGCCCAGUGAUACUUCAGAUCCCGAUUUGGAAGGAGAACUCAAAGAAAACGGUGACCGGGUGUUUGUGGACUCGCCUCCUGAGUUUUGCCCUCCGCUGGAUAAAUUGAUUGACUUUUCACAAGUCGAUGUUAUUCUCAUAUCCAAUUAUUUGUGUAUGAUGGCUUUGCCUUUCGUCACAGAGGGAACUGGCUUCAAGGGACGAGUUUAUGCCACUGAACCUACACUACAAAUAGGAAGACUUCUGUUGGAAGAAUUGGUAGUGUACAUUGAACAGUGUCCAAAAUCUACCUUUGCCUCUCAGUGGAAGAAUUUUGUACACAAAUGUCCAUACCCAUUGAACGAAUCAUUCAAACCGAAGUCAUGGAGGCAUAUUUAUAACAUGAAGCAAGUGAACGCUAGCCUAUCAAGGAUACAAAUGGUUGGAUAUAACGAAAAAAUUGAUGUAUAUGGUGCCCUACAAGUCAUACCAGCCAGUUCUGGCCUGUGUUUGGGAUCCGCGAAUUGGGUGAUAAGUACAGAACACGAGAAAAUAGUGUACCUAAGCGGGUCGAGCACUUUGACUACUCAUCCUAGGCCUAUGGAUCACCACGCACUGAAAAAUGCAGAUGUUCUUAUAAUGACUGAUCUUACCCAGACCCCCAUAAGCAAUCCCGAUUCCAUGUUGGGGGUACUGUGUGUGGUUGUUGGACUAACUUUAAGAGGAGGGGGUAACGUUUUAAUACCGUGUUAUCCGACAGGAGUAGUAUAUGAUCUCUUCGAGUGUUUAUCUGGUAAGAUGCAGGAAUUGGGCGUAUCGAACUGUCCGAUGUUCUUCGUGAGCCCCGUGGCAGACAUGUCCUUAGCCUACUCUAACAUAUUAGCUGAGUGGUUGUCGUCUGUUAAACAAAAUAAGGUCUACGUUCCAGACGAACCUUUUCCGCAUGCCAUGCUGGUCAAAAGCAACAAACUGAAACAUUUUAAGCAUAUAUUUUCUGACGGCUUCAGUACGGAUUUUCAAGAGCCCUGCGUUGUUUUUUGCGGACAUCCUAGCUUGAGGUAUGGAGAUGUGGUACAGUUCAUAGAGCUGUGGGGGAAUAAUCCUAGGAAUUGUAUAGUGUUUACAGAGCCAGACUAUGACUACAUUGAAGCCUUGGCUCCCUAUCAACCUUUACAAAUCAAGGUUGCCCACUGUGCCAUAGACACUUCUCUGAAUUUCACCCAAGCCAACAAACUCAUCAAGGAUCUGAAACCGAAGACGCUCGUUGUUCCAGAAUGUUACACACAGCCGCCGGUCUCGGCACCAAAUUUGACUGAAUUGGUUAUCGGGAACCAUAUCGAAAACUGUUCGGUAAUCCCGUACAAAUGGGGCGAGGUGAUCAACUUACCUCUCAAAAGAAAACAGGGACAAGUUUUUGUUGAACCAAGCGUCGCUCAAAAAAUCGUUCCUGUUGAGAUUAAACCGGGAAUUAGUUUAUCUACUGUGACUGGUACCCUUAGCGUAAAAGACAAUGUGCACAAUAUUGAGGAAAUUUCUUCAGAGUCAAACACCAAUAAUGUGAUAAAGUAUGAGUGGGGAACUUUGAACGCUAAGGAUUUCGUUCAUAAAUUGUCACAAGAAGGAUUCUCUAAUGGCAAAGUGGAACCUUUGGGAGGGAACGUUGUGGUAAUUCAUCUGCAAGAUGAUGACGCUUUAAUUCAGUUAGAAGAUAACAGUACUCAUGUUGUGUGUAAUGGUGAUGAAACCCUAAGGACCAAAUUGCGUAAUGUAGUUAUGCAGUGUUUAAAGAAUUUUUAGUGAUUUAUAUUCAUUUUAUUUAUUUGUGUUAUAUUCAAUUCAAAUCCUUGAAUAUUAAUCAUAAUGAUGAAAUAUUAUAUUAGAUCUGAGGCAGUUAUCUCCUCUUUAACCAUAGAACUAAAAACCAGUUUCAGUUCUGUUUUCAAAGCACAAACAACACAACAAGCAUAGGACACAAAAACAUUAAAUUGUCGAAAGUGUCAAUACAAAUUUGUCGUUCAUAAGUAAAAAUGGCGACCCUUUAUGUCACUUGUCAAGUGGAUUGUAAAAGUAUCAACCCACUUAAGUCUUAUUACUUAGAAUACAAAUAAAAAAGUGUUUAAUUAAUAAUAUUACUAAUGAACUGUUAUAUUUGAUUGAAAAGGCAA